UCUGCCACUAUAUUACCUAGGUUGUAUAUUGGCCUUCUAAACCCGGUCGUUCCUUCUGCAUGGAACUCGGGGAUCUCAGUCUCCCUCCGGAUAUUAGUCGCGCUCCUUUCAAUUGCACGGGAUUUCUUUGAACUGCUGUUCUGAUGGUCCCGAGGUCUGCUCCCGAAAUGAUGACGAGGAGAUGGUGAUAGCUUGAGCCUUGAGGACUUGGGCCCACCAGCACAUUAAAGCGCACCGGCACAGCCCUAUUUAUAAAUAAACAAGCUUAUACCUAUUCAAUUUUUUCAUCCUAUUUCCCUUACAUCUUCUCCCCCCCCUUAUUUUACCGCGAAUCUUCUAUCGCCAGCAUGUCUUCGGCCGUCUCGAAUCACAAUGGCACCGCAGUCUUCAGGCCACGUGCCGUACCGGAUGAUGCGUUGCUCUCCUCCCAGGUGGAAAAGCUAGAAAACGAGUCUAGCGGCAGCACGACUCCAAUUCCCGAAGAUGCUCCUCCCUCUGUGUUUUCGAUAUCCACGGCCAGAAAACAAGCCAGAGCUCGAAACCGGCUCUUCUACACCAUCAACUAUAUCCCCCGUGUAUCCCAUUUUGAUCCACGGAGCGACUACCAUAACUUCCGCGGCUUCUUCACUCUCUUCUGGAUCGGGUUGUUUAUCAUGGUUGUUACCACAGUGCUGCGGAAUAUCAAGGAUACUGGCUAUCCCUUGAGAGUUAGGGUGUGGAGCCUUUUGACUGCAAACGUGUGGGAAAUGGGCUUUAGCGAUCUUGCUAUGGUGGGGAGUAGCAUGCUAGUUGUACCACUCCAUUUUCUCUCUAGAAGCGGAAUAAGCUUUCUACGCUGGGAAAGAGGGGGUAUUAUCCUUCAAAGUCUUUUUGAAGCAGCUUGGCUAGUUCUAUGGAUCAAAUGGCCAUUCAUGCUACGCUGGACGUGGACAGCUCAGGUCUUUUUUACCCUCCACACCCUGACAAUCCUUAUGAAGAUCCAUUCCUAUGCUUUCUACAACGGCCAUCUCAGUGCGACAGAGCGUCGUCUCUCCGCCUUGGAUAAGCCUGGCUCCUUCUCAUUAGACGCAGCCGUCCGAUAUCCAGAAGUAACCACUCGCCAACAGCCACCGCGACGAGCUAGCCAUGGACGAUCGAAUUCAAUCGUUGAUCUGCGUGACGAUCUAGCUACGGAGCUGACAUCUCCCAUGGGCAAUGUCACAUAUCCGCAGAACCUCACAGCCGCCAACUAUAUCGACUUUCUCUUUUGUCCCACCCUGUGCUACGAGCUGGAGUACCCUCGGAGCAAAGAUAGACAGUGGAUGGAGGUCGGCUUAAAGAGCCUGGCUGUUUUUGGAUGUAUAUUCCUAUUGACUCUUACAAGCGAAGAGUUUAUCGUGCCCGUCUUAAGUGAAGCUGGCAGUCAACUUCAUACUGUCAAAAGUUUCUCAGACAAGGCCCUCAUCAUGGCGGAAGCAAUUAGCAUGCUGCUUUUUCCCUUCAUGAUUACCUUCCUGCUCGUAUUCCUGGUCAUCUUCGAGUAUGUCUUGGGCGCCUUUGCAGAGCUGACAUGCUUUGCUGACCGCCACUUUUACUCGGAUUGGUGGAAUUCCUGCGAUUGGCUUGAAUUCUCACGCGAGUGGAACAUCCCUGUCCACCAUUUCCUCCGCCGCCAUGUCUACUUCUCCUCUCUUUCUCACUUCUCUCAGCCCGUAGCGAUGUUCAUCACGUUUUUGGUUAGCUCCAUCUUCCACGAACUCGUGAUGAGCUGUAUUACCAAGAAGUUGCGCGGAUACGGGUUCCUCGCUAUGAUGCUCCAGCUACCUAUCAUUGCCAUCCAAAAGUCCAAGUACUUCCGUGAUAAGACAACUCUCAACAACGUGUUCUUUUGGCUCUCAAUGAUCUUCGGUCUUUCUCUAAUGUGUACAUUAUACGUUCUUGUCUAAGAAAGGAACAAAUAUCCAAGCAGGCAAGCAAGUCCUCGAGCAUUUUCCAUAUACCCAACACUCUAUAUUCAUUGUUUUCUUAUAAUUAUUCAUUAUCCAUACCCGUCUUUCGUUCCAAGACGCCUUCAUAAUCAUUAUCGUUUCUGAAUUGAAUUAAUUCUUCCCUCUUACCACUCGAGUUCGACUUUGCUUUGCUUUAACCUAACCCCCCCCCCC